GCCCAAAGCGUCGUUGCCGUCAUCACCCGACGACCACCGCCACUCUCUAAACCCGACCCGAUUCCUCUCCAUGGCCCGCAACAAAUCCUCCCUCAUCAAACAAACCCUCGCCGCCAUCGUCUUCGUCAUCGUCCUCUACGCCUUCCUCAACACCUUCCUCUCCCCCGCCGCCGUCUCCCCCGCCCUCCCCUCCUUCUCCACCAUCUCCGACGCCGUCGUCCCCGACCUCAUCGCCCUCCCCUCCUCCGCCGUCGCUCCCGCCGCCGUCAAGGUCUACCUCCACGACCUCCCAACGCGCUUCACCUACGGCAUCAUCGAGCAGCACUCGCUCGCCCGCGGCGGCCGCCCCGCCGACGACGUGUCGUCGCUCAAGUACCCCGGCCACCAGCACAUGGGGGAGUGGUACCUAUUCAAGGACCUCCUCAAACCCGAGUCCGACCGGGUCGGGUCGCCGGUGGCUAGGGUUUUGGAUCCGGAUGAGGCGGACCUGUUCUACGUGCCGUUCUUCUCCUCGUUAAGCUUGAUCGUCAACACGAACCGCCAGGCCGCCGGAUCGGGGGAGCGGCCGGGGUACAGCGACGAGGAGAAUCAGGAGGCGCUGGUGGAGUGGCUGGAGGCGCAGGAGUACUGGAAGAGGAACAAUGGACGCGAUCAUGUGAUCAUGGCCUCUGAUCCAAAUGCUCUGUAUAAAAUUCUUGAUCUUGUCAAAAAUGCAGUCCUGCUUGUUUGUGAUUUCGGCCGGCUGAAACCGGACCAAGGCUCGCUGGUGAAGGAUGUAAUUGUGCCGUAUUCGCACCGCAUUAAUACUUAUACAGGAGAUAUCAGUGUCGAAAAUCGCAACACCUUGUUGUUCUUCAUGGGGAAUCGGUUCCGUAAAGAGGGAGGAAAGAUCCGAAAUUUGCUGUUCCAGUUGCUUGAGAAUGAGGAGGAUGUGAUAGUGAAACACGGGACUCAGUCCAGGGAGAGUCGACGGGCUGCUACACAUGGGAUGCAUACGUCGAAGUUCUGUUUGAAUCCUGCUGGUGAUACUCCAUCAGCUUGCCGGCUUUUUGACUCUAUAGUUAGCUUGUGUGUUCCUGUGAUAAUCAGUGAUAGCAUUGAGCUGCCGUUUGAAGAUGUUGUAGACUACAGGAAGAUAGCUAUAUUUGUUGAAUCCAAUACGGCUUUGAGGCCGGGAUUCCUGGUCUCGAUGCUAAGGGAAAUCACCAGUGAGAGAAUCCUUGAGUAUCAGAAAGAGCUGAACGAGGUGAAGCAUUAUUUUCAAUAUGGAGUACCAAAUGGAUCAGUGAAUGAAAUAUGGCGCCAGGUAGCACAGAAGCUUCCUUUUAUCAAGUUGUCGAUCAACCGUGACAAACGCCUUGUCAAGAGGGAUUUGAAGGUGCCAGACUGCUCUUGUGUCUGCUCGAACCAGACUGGGAUUAUAACCAGCUUAUGAUGCCAUUUUUGCCGUUAACAUUCUUUUUAAUCAGAGAUUCAGAGUGCUCUGUCUAUUCUUAGGAGCGUCAUAUAUAGAUCCGAAAGCCAUGGAUCGAGUAUUUGCAUUGGAGGACUCUGUUCUCCAUCUGGGAAGCUAAUCUGUUAUAAGCUGCAGAAACAGAUCUAUGCUCACUAAGAAGUUAUCAGUUCUUCCACAGAUGGGUUUUCUAAUCGGCCAAAGGGGUAAUCGAAUAUGCAGACAGGGCUAUACUGUAGAUACUGUUGUUUUACUUACCUGGUCAUGAGGAAGCUUAGCAGUUGGAAUAUUAAAUUACUACAUGUAACUCAUUUGUAUAUUGGUUAGAGAAUAAACAUCAGAUAUAUGAUUUUUUUUGUCUCCACUGUCGUAAAUGAUUGAAUUCCCUCAACAUGGUUAUCCUGUUGGUUAGUCUCUACCACUGUCGUGAUAUACACUUCUGAUUUGAUUGGUAAAAAGAAU